UUCAGGCGUAAGCACGAGCACUCUGACUGUGUCUCUGGGUCUCCAGAGUCUACAGGGAUCAAACCCCAAUCAAGUGUCUCGGACAGUAUCACAGAUCAUCAUUCAUCCCAACUUUAACUCUGGAACUUUUGAAAACGACAUCUGCCUCCUGAAGCUCUCCUCACCCGUGACUUUCACCACCUACAUUCAGCCCGUCUGUCUGGCAGCCACAGGCAGCACCUUCUACAAGGGGACUGUCUCCUGGGCCACCGGCUGGGGCAAUGUUGGAUCUGGAGUGUCCCUUCCUUUCCCACAAAACCUAAUGGAGGUGCAGCUGCCAAUUGUAGGAAACAGAGAGUGUACCUGUAACUACGGAGUGAGCUUGAUCACAAACAACAAGAUGUGCACUGGGUUCAGUGCUGGAGGAAAGGACGUCUGUCAGGGGGAUGGAGGAGGUCCGCUGGUGAGCAAGCAGGGCGGUCGCUGGAUCCAGGCGGGAAUCACUAGUUUUACCAGUAGUAGGGGCUGUGCCCAGCCUAAUAUCCCAUCAGGCUACACCCGAGUGUCCCAGUAUCAGUCCUGGAUCAACAGCCGGAUCACCAGCAACCAGCCAGGCUUCAUCACCUUUACCUCCGCUGGGACCGACGGUGACCUCAGCAUAAGAUGUCCUGCCUCCCCACCCCCAGCAGCUCAAGUGUGUGGUCAGCCAACACUCAACACCAGGAUUGUUGGAGGACAGGUGGCCUCUGCAGGCAGCUGGCCCUGGCAGGCCAGUCUGCAAACCUCUGGCUCCCACUUCUGUGCAGGAACCCUCAUUAACAAUGACUGGGUGCUGACUGCUGCUCAAUGCUGCUCAAG